AUGGAACCAUCACUGCCUCACAAUUCUUCAACCUUGUCCCAUUGGCAUCGGACAACACGGUCAUUCCCCCACCUCCAUGCCAAUCGGCUGAAUACCGUUCCAGCCGCGGCGACAUACGUUAUCAUUGGCUCUGGCAUCUCCGGUGCAUUGACAGGCUGGGAAUUGAUUAAAAGCGGUGUCAAAGGGGACGAGAUCAUUAUUCUUGAAGCGCGAGAGGCGGUCUCGGGUGCCAGCGCAAGAAACGCUGGACACAUUCGACCUGACUCAUUUCGUGGAUUUCCCGGCUAUGCUACAACUCACGGAAGUGAGCAAGCCCGGAAGAUCCUCGAGAACGAAAGAACUGUUUUGAAAAAUGUCCACGAGUUUGUGAAACAACACAAUGUCGACUGCGACUUCAAGUAUACAACAACUUACGAAGUCGCCAUAUCAGAAGAUUUUGUCGAGCUACUAUCGACUGCAUUUACUGCUUUCAAGGCUGCAGGUGGCGAUGUGUCGCAUAUCCAGUUCCACGAAGGCGAAAAGGCAAAACAAAAGACGGGCGUCCCCACUGCAAUAUGUGCCUAUGAGUCACCAGCUGCAUCCAAUCACCCAGGGAAGCUGGUUCAAUGGAUUCUAAAUGACUUCAUCCAGAAGGGAGGCAAAUUAUGGACCCAUUGCCCUGCUACCAAAGUCGGGCCAGCCCAGGCUGGUGCGUCAAAAGUGGGAGGCACAAUAGCCGCCAAAAACGUCGUUCAUUGCACCAAUGCAUAUGCUGCGUAUUUAUUGCCUGAAUUGAAGCAUUUUAUCUCGCCUCGGCGCUCACAGGUGAAUUCGUUUACUCCGAGACUCUCUCUGUCUGGAGAAUAUGCUCCGGCCCAUACUAUGGCGCUCAGGUACAGCCCUGAUCACUUCUUCUCGGUAAACACGUUGAAGAACGGAACGAUACUGUUUGGUGGAACGGGGACUAGAGGCGAGAACGACGUAGAUAAGGAAUUCGAGCGCGCCACGUUCGACGAUUCCAAAUAUAGCGAGACUCUUGCUCGAAAUAGCUCACGGGAGUUUGAUGGUAUUAGUCGAGAGCUAGAUUCUGUCCCUCUCCGACAUGGCGAAGGAUUCGAUUACGCGUGGACUGGGAUCAUUGGUACGACGCCGGAUAAUGCUCCACUGAUCGGGGCGAUCGAUGGCCUGCCAGGUCAAUGGAUAUGCGCUGGGUUUAACGGACACGGAAUGGCUCAUAUAUUUACGUGUGCCCCGGGUCUGGCGAAACUCGUUCUGGGGAAGUCGUGGAAAGAGACAGCUCUUCCGGAGUGUUUCCAGUUCAGCAAAGAAAGGAUUACCCAAUACUCCGAUCUGCACGUUAAAGCCCGAAUCUAG